AGAGACGUAAACCGCAAUUUCACCGGUGUAUCGGCUGUACCGGGAAAUUCGGUCUGUUGAAUAUUUUGAUGUGUGGGAUCGUAGGUUCAAUGGCAACUGUUUUAAGAAUGAUUUAACAGUGCAAGAUGGAAUUCAAGUGGAAUAUUUUAUUUACAGUCACAAUUAUUGUGAUUAUACCUGUGUUAAUUACAGGUUUAGAGGUAAAUGAGGGAGAACCUGUGACCUUGACCUGCCCAAAGCCGUCAAGGAGAUUACCAAUAGUAUGGCAGGGACCACAAGGAUUCCAACAGUAUACGCGGGGCCUCACAGUUAGUCUUGACCUUUCGGCAGACCAAAGGUCAAGGAUUUCAUUAAGUGGGGACCAUGCAAAUGGAUAUUACAAUUUGCAUAUAGAAAGCAUUCGAAAGUCUGACAGCGGAAAAUACAGGUGUAAAACUGGAUCUAGAGUUAUACGGGGCAUAAAUGUUAAAGUUAAAACUCAGGCUGAGCAGAAUCAGGGUUUAUUUCCAUACAUCCUAAACCUUGCUACCAGAGCACGCAUCACUGCAAAUGCAACAUGUGGGGAGGAUCGCGCAGAAUAUUUCUGCAAACUUGUCGAGCAUGUUGAUCUCAUGCCACAGAUUAGCCAUUGUGACUAUUGUAAUGCACAUGCUGGAGCAGGAAGAUUAGAGGAGAUUGGAGCAGCACAUCCAAUUGGGAAUGCUAUCGAUGGUAGUAAUCGCUGGUGGCAAAGUCCUUCCAUAAGCAAUGGUUGGGAAUAUAACUACGUUACUAUUACACUGGAUCUUGGACUGAUCUACCAAGUGGCAUAUGUAAUAGUGAAGGCAGCAAACGCUCCAAGGCCUGGCAACUGGAUUUUAGAGAAAUCUUUAGAUGGAGUGUAUUAUAGGCCAUGGCAGUAUUUCGCAACCACGGAUGAUGAUUGUGCAAGAAUUUACAAUGUACCCACAGUGGAAGGGAAACCUUCCUAUGACUACCUCAGAGAUGACGAAGUACGAUGCACAUCAUAUUUCUCCAAGCUCAAUCCUGUGGAAAAUGGAGAGAUUUUCAUUUCUUUGACCAAUGGCAGACCAGGAAUUUUUGUUCCAAGUAAAACAUUACUAGAUUUUACCUCAGCACGGUAUGUGAGGCUACGCUUUCAGAAGAUUCGAACUCUAAAUGCAGAUCUGAUGAGUUUACAGUCUAGAGAUCCCCGCAACCUUGAUCCCUCAGUUACCAGAAGAUAUUUUUAUUCAGUAAAAGACAUCUCUAUCGGAGGCCAGUGUAUUUGUUAUGGGCACGCAUCUGAGUGUCAGAGACAGGGAGAUUCUGAUGAAACAUUAAAAUAUAAUAGAAAAAGACUAGCCUGUGUAUGCCAGCAUAAUACAUGCGGAAGCAACUGUGAAAUAUGUUGUCCGCUGUUCAAUCAGAAACCAUGGGUACGUGGAGGUGGUAAUGGUGUCAAUGGACAAAUAAAUCUGAAUGUUGAAUGUGAAGCAUGUAACUGUCACGGCCAUGCAGAUUCUUGUGUAUACAAUGCGACAGUAGCUGAGCUUGGGUUGAGUUUGAACAUGAAUGGUGAGAGGAAAGGAGGCGGUGUUUGUAUUGACUGUACAGAUUUUACCACUGGUAUCAAUUGUGAGAAAUGUUUACCUGGAUACUAUCGACCAAGGGGUGUUUCCCAGAAUGCAAACAGACCAUGUCGCCAGUGUAACUGUCAAGAAUCAGUCGGAUCUACGGGUAUAUGUGUUGUAGAUGACAGCAUGGCUGAUGAAGGACUUAUGCCUGGUUCCUGUAUUUGUAAGGAAGGUUUUGCAGGUCAGAACUGUGACCAAUGUGCACCUGGUUACCAUAGUUUCCCAUAUUGUGAACCAUGUUCUUGCAGUAUAGCAGGAACUGUAGAUCCCAAUAUGUGUGAGGGAAGAUGUGUUUGUAAGGAGAAUGUAGAUGGAGUGAACUGCGACAGUUGUAAGUCAGGGUACUAUGAUCUCAGUAAGGACAAUGAGCUGGGAUGUCGACAGUGCUUCUGUUUUGGUAUAUCAACUGUCUGUCAGAGCGCUGGACUUGGACUUGUACAGAUUUCUGAUAUGAGGGCAGACAUGGAUGGGUGGACAAUAAUCACUUUAAAUGAUGAAGAUUUUACAUAUUUCCCAACCAUGGCUGAAGGGUGGCUAGAGUACAGAACAUUCCCAGCAAGAGAACAGAACUUUGUAGAUACUGGGGAUAGAUCAGUCAGAGAUGAAGUUAUUUACUAUUGGCAAGCACCUGUCAAAUACUAUGGCAACAGGCUGACAUCAUAUGGUGGAGAACUGCACUACACAAUGAUGUUUACACUAGAUGAAAGUGCUCCCUGGCAGUAUCACCUUGCUGAGGCAGACGUUAUUCUCCAGGGUGGUAACAUAACCGUUACCAAUGGUAGGAACUAUAUUCGAGAGAACCAGGAGAACAAGAGGAGUAUUACACUGGAUGAGACACAGUGGUUCAAGUUAGACACCUCUAGCGGUCGAACAAUUAGUGCAGAUCAUGUAUCGAGGAAGGAGUUCAUGCUUAUGUUGUAUGAUCUAAGGAGGAUUCUGAUUAGAGCCACUCAUCAUACAGCCCAGGAUUAUGUCAUGUUGAAGGAUGUUUUAUUGGAUACAUCUAGUGCAGGGUCAACCAGUGACAUCAGUAUAUCUGGUGUAGAGAAAUGCUCCUGUCCAAGAGGCUACACUGGCCUGUCUUGUGAGAGUUGUGAUAUAGGCUGGCGUAGAGUGGACAAUGUGUUGUAUGGUGGUCAGUGUGUACCUUGUGCUUGUUAUGGACAUUCCAAGACAUGUGAUCCAUAUACUGGCAGAUGUCUGAUGUGUACUGACAACACGGAAGGUGAACACUGUGAUGUUUGCAGGACUGGUUACUAUGGCGAUCCUACUCGUGGUACACCCGAUGACUGCAAACCCUGUGCUUGUCCACUGAUAGAACCAAGCAACAACUUUGCUACUACAUGUGUACUGAAUCCAAAAUUCAAUGACCCUGAUGCAUUUAUGUGCCUGGACUGUGCCCCUGGAUAUACUGGAGAGAGAUGUGAAAGAUGUGACCAUGGUUACUUUGGUUACCCAGGUCUUCUAGGCAACCUGUGUGAACGAUGUGAGUGUAAUGGUAACAUAGAUUCUAGUAUGGUAGGAAGUUGUGAUCAGCUGACUGGAGAAUGCAGACUGUGUCUUCAUAACACGGAGGGACCGGACUGUGGCAGAUGUAGACUGGGUUACUAUGGGACGGCCAUGAAUGGUGACUGCAAAUUGUGUACCUGUGAUCCGUUUGGUUCUAGCAAUAUGACAUGUAACCGUGAUACUGGGAAUUGUGAAUGUAAGCCACAUUAUACUGGACGCCAGUGUGACAGAUGUGAGGCAGGCUAUGGUGAUAUUAUGAGUGGUUGUAAGGAAUGUAAUUGUUCCCGAGUAGGGUCCCUUGAUUAUCGAUGUCACCCUGUUACUGGGCAGUGUGUUUGCCGCCCAGGGGUCUCGGGUCGAUCCUGUGACCGUUGCCAGGAAGGUUACUAUGGUUACUCAGUGGGUGGAUGUUAUGAUUGUAGAUGUUAUAGCAAAGGAUCAAACGACUCUGAAAUUUGCGAUGUACAAACUGGGAGGUGUAAUUGUCUCCCGUUUGUGAAGGAACCAUAUUGUGACACUUGCCAGGAGAAUUAUUGGGGCUUGGAGUCAGGACAGGGAUGCACACCCUGUGAUUGUGACCCACAAGGGUCAUAUUUUGCCCAGUGUGACAGUUUGACGGGCCAGUGUAGAUGUAAGAGGGGCGUGGCAGGUCUGCAUUGUGAUGAGUGUGUUGAAGGAUACUAUGGGCUUAUAUCGAAAGGAGAAUGUCUUCCUUGUGAGCCAUGCGACUUGCCAGGCCACAUCUGUCAUCCAGACACAGGAGAGUGUGUUUGUCCUCCAAACACGGAGGGUGAGAGAUGUGAGCAGUGUAUAGAUACAUACUGGGGGUAUGAUCCCAGAAGAGGAUGUAAAUCAUGCGACUGUGAUCCUAUUGGUGCAUUUGACAACAACUGCGACCCACUGAGUGGCCAGUGUGCAUGUAAGCUGGACUACAAUGGUACCCACUGUGACAGCUGUCUGUUUGGCUUCUUUAACUUCCCGGACUGUAACCUAUGUUUAUGUUCUGUUGAGGGAACAGAGCCCAGGAGCUGUAACUCCCAGGGAGCUUGUAGAUGUGCUGAGCCCGAUGGCCAGUGUGAAUGCAAGGCUAACACAAUGGGAAGGACAUGUACUAAGUGUGUAGAAAACUCAUUCUCCCUGGACAUAGGCAACCCUGAUGGCUGCACAGACUGUUUUUGUUUUGGGAGGACUGAUUCAUGCGGACAAGCUCAGUAUGUAUGGACUAAGUCAUCAGUUACAGACAUGACAGUGUCAUUCAGCAGUAGAGCUAAUACUAUGGUUGCUAGGCAACAGAACGGUUUCUAUGUUAUACCAGCCAAUGUGUCCUGGACUGGUUCACAAGUAAACACACAGGGUGAACCAAUGUAUUGGAGAUUGCCAAAUGUCACUGGAGAUAGGACAUUAUCCUACAAUGGAUAUUUGACAUUCACGGUGGAGCAUGGCUCUAUAGGAACUGAGUUAUCAGAUUUGGAAGGACUUCGCAGCAAACCUUUGGUGGUUCUCUCUGGAUAUGGAAUUCCGCUUAUGUAUAGAUCUGAUGUGAGAUGGCAACCUGAUAAAGACCAAAAGUUCAAGGUCAGGCUCCAUGAACACUACUGGAGAACACAACGCAAUGGAGAUGUCAGUCGUGAAAGGAUGAUGGUGAUACUGCAGAAUGUAACAGACAUUUUAGUCAGGGCCACAUGGGAUAAUACCGCUAUAAGUGCAAAGAUAAGAAAUAUAGAAUAUGAUGUUGCAGUAGACAAUGACCUGCUAUUGGGACCACCUGCUCUAGGGAUUGAGCAAUGUAACUGUCCUCCACAGUAUAGUGGCCUCUCCUGUCAGAACCCAGCAGAUGGAUACUAUAGAGUACCUCAUAUUGGCCCUAUAGAUAUUAAAGUUUUGGUUGACAUUAUUGGAGAAGUGAAACCAUGCAAGUGUAAUGGUCAUGGUGACAGUUGUGAUCCCGAGACUGGAAUCUGUUAUAACUGUCGGCAUAACACUAAAGGUAACAAGUGUGAACAGUGUGCAGAUGGUUUCUAUGGUGAUCCUACUACUGGUUCCCCUACUGCAUGUCAGAGAUGUGCUUGUCCUCUUGAAGUCCAGUCAAACAAUUUCAGUCCAACAUGUGAGAGAAUUGAUAAUGAUCUCAUUUGUACAGCAUGCCAGACUGGGUACACAGGAGACAGAUGUGAAUAUUGUGCAGAAGGUUACUAUGGUGACCCAUCAACACCUGGUGAUACAUGUAGGCCUUGUAAUUGUAACCCUGAAGGAUCUGUGCUGGCACAGUGUGACUACAGAGGUAUAUGCCAGUGUCUGCCUGGUAUCAAGGGGGACAAGUGCGACCAGUGCCAGCCAAGAUAUGCUGUUGUCAAAGGAUCAUGCAUCUCUUGUGAUGAAGGCUGUACAAGAGAGCUGAUGUCUGACAUGGAUGAGCUUGAUAAUAUGAUAUCCACCUUGCCCUUUGACCCUUCAAAUGUCAACAUUUCUGCGCCAUACAGAAAGCUGAACUUUAUACGUAAUGAGACAAGGAUCCUGUCAGAUAAGUUACAGAAAUUACGAUAUGCUGAAGUUAACAAUAUACGAGACCAGGUUGAUGAUUUGGAAACCGAGGUUGAUCGUAUUGAGGACAGAUCUGAAGGAACUCUGAAAAAGAGUAAACAGAAUAAAAGAGAUUCCAGAAAGCUGUUACGGAGUGCCAACGAGAUAGAAGACACCAUUGAUCUCCUUCGCAUGAAUGUAGAUGACCUGGUUGAGGACCUGGAGGAGACUGUAGCAAGUUCCUUCCAUAAUCGUAGCGGGAUCAAUGUGACAUCAGCUCUUGCUGAAGCUCGUAAAAUACUCGAUGAGAUAAAACGAAGAGAUUUCUCUGAUGAGAUGACAGCUGCAAGAAAUGAGCAUGACUUGGCAGAGAAAUUAUCAGACAGAGUAAAGGCAGUGGCAAUGCGUUUGACGAACACAAGUGAAGUGGAGGAGAAGAUUAACAACAUGCAAGAUGCUCUUGAUGACCUACUAGAUCAUGUUGAAGACAGUGUUAAAAAUUCUGAGGAGACAAUGAAAAAACUAGGUGGUUUAAGAAGUUCAAUAAGGAAUAUAAAGAGACUAGUGAGUGAAUCCAAGAAGAUGAACAAAGACCUUGGAAUAGAUGGCACUGAUCAACUUCUCACAGAUGCCAAAGAGGCUCUUAAUAGAACAAACGAAAAUAUCCGUACCCUGGAGACAAGAGCUAGUACCCUAGAUGCAGCCAUUGUUCCCCUGGAGGAAAAAGUGGACAAGCUGAAAGACAACUUACCUGGUAAAGAUGUACUGGUUGAGCAAGCGUGGACUCAUGCCAACAACCUCUCUAAAUAUGCUCAAGAUCUAGAAAAAAUGUUUGAGAGCACGAGAAAUGCAGCUGCAGAGCCACUGAAAGCUGCACGAGUAUUUGACAAUAUAGUGAAAGCAAUAGAGGAGGCUACAGCAGCCGCAAGGAAAGCUAUACGAGAUGUUGAAAAUGCUACUGGCAUGAAAGACCUAGAAAAGUUGAAAAAUUCUGUUGCUGAAGCAUUAAGAACCAGCAAGGAGCUCUUGGAUCAGGCUAAUACAACCAUGAACACAGGCGUUAAAGAUUUGGAUAAAGCUUUGUAUGAUGUAAAUAGUAGAUUGAAUUACAUUGAUGAGAGACAGUUGGACAGUAGCGAUAAACAUACAGAAAUAAAUGACGAGAUAGAUAAACUGCCACGAAACUUCGUAGAUCGUAUAGCUGAAGUCCAGAACUCUCUAGAUGACACGGAAAGAGUGGCUGAUCGUGUGAAUGAUCGUACAAGUGAUAUGGUUGACAAAGUGAAUAAUGAAAUGAUGCCUAAAUUACGGGAGCUACAGAAUAUUGUCGGCGACAAGUUCGAGGAUAUCUAUGUAUCAUUGACUGGAACAAAGACGGACCUGUCAGACAUGAGGAAUUUGACUGAUUCUAUCGAUACAAGGAUUGGACAGUCAAGGAAACUUAGGUCAGACCUCAGAGACAAAUUGAGUAGACUCAAGCAGAGUAUCAGAGAGGCCAGGGAGGAGGCCAACAAGGUGAAAACAUCAUUGAAAGCAAAGGGACAAUGUGUGAAGAAGUUCCGCCCCAUGGCAAAGCCAGGAACCAUCAACUCUAUCAGUUUUGCCUUUAAGACAAGUGAUCCAGAAAAAAAUAUGCUUUUUAUACUGAUACAGAACCCAGAGAUUAAUACAGUAGAUGAAGACAAAUAUAAGGAGUACCUAGCAGUAGAAUUACGUAAUCGUAAGAUCCGAUUCAGUUGGAAUGCCGGAGGUGGAUCAGGUAGUGUAGACAGUGACAUUGUCAUUGAGUCACAAACUGAUGUCAUUAAGGAAACUGAUAAAUGGUACCAGGUUAAAGCUGAAAGGACUGGUCGUCUUGGACGUUUAUUGGUGCACAAGUUGUCGGAGGAAGCUGGCUCUCCGAGAACAUCUUCCUCUCCUGUCGGAUCCUCAGUGAUGGGUCUUGGUGAGAAAACAGAUGUAUUUAUAUCUGGUGUACCAGAAAGCUAUCCAGUACCAGAUGGACUUACGUCAGAUAAUUUCACUGGAUGUAUGGGCAGUAUGUAUGUGGAUGAUCAACUUGUGGGCUUGUACAACUUUGAGACAAAUAUCCAGGACACUUGUAAAGCCUGUCUGGAAGUACCAUCACAGGCCCCAGGGGCAAAUGUUUACUCAUUUGAUGGUACUGGGUACGCAGUGACAGACAAGAACAGAAUCCAGUCUCCGCUCCUUGCUAAUAUUAUUCUUGACUUUAAGACCUACUGGGACAAUGCUUCAUUAUUCUUUGUUGGAAAUGAGGAAACAGGGGAAUAUAUGUCUUUGGAACUACGUAAUGGAAAAGUUGUAUUCAAUUUUUACCUUGGUGAGGGAACGUACGGAACUUUGGAGACAGAAUCAAGAUACAAUACCAAAAAUUGGGUGUCCGUUGCCGCCGCAAGGAGUGGACUCCUCGCCCUGCUUGAGGUCGGUGGUGAGAACAAACUGAUUGAGGCCCCAGCAGGAGAUUACCUACUAGAUGAUGUGGAGAAAAGUGACCUGUUCUACGGAGGGAUGCCACCUUCUGUAAACAUGAACAAAUACUCCGAAGCCUCAGGGAAACCCAUUAUAACUGAUCGCUUCCUUGGGUGUAUGAAAGGAUUACAGAUUUCGGUGGAUUCAGUCAAUCUCUGGGAUGGCAAGUCAACUGUUGGAGUGACAGAAGGAUGCAAGAAUAGUGGCUUAAGGUCCAUAGGUUUCUAUGGGUCUGGGUUUGCAGAGUACCCUGGGGUCAGCCUGGACUCGAAAGAUGGGGAUCUGUCUGUAUCCUUUAGUACAGAGGAACCUGAUGCCCUACUUCUUCUGGCCAAGAACAUUAAUGCUGAUCAAUUUUACUACCUAUCCCUGACUGGCGGUCGUGUGGAAGGCAGGUUCAGUGGAGGUGGCAGUACAGUUAUCGUAAAGUCUGAUAAGACAUACAAUGAUGGAAAACUGCAUAACAUUGCUGUCAAAAAGACUGACAGAAGGAUUGAGCUUUAUGUGGAUGACAAGUCCAUUGGAAAAGGUCGGCUGGAGAACCGCUUCGAUAAGAUCACAGUAAGAGAGGAUGGGGGUUUAUACCUUGGCGGUCUGCCUGUCAAUUUCGAUACCAGUGUAGGAAAUAAGGCUGUUGUAUCAAAGACACUGGAUGGCUGUCUCAGUGAUGUUGUCAUAAAUGGAAAUGUUUUAAACAUCAAUGACCCAAAGCAGUACCACAUGGCUGACAUAGGAAGAUGUAGGAAGAGGGAUAAAUCUGUUGAAGGAUUUAACACAAAUCCUCCACCAGUCGUCAGUGACUCUCCUGCCCCAGCUGAAAUAAGACUACCAGAAGAAGAAAUUGAGAUACCUCCAGUGAAGACGACAGACCCACCAAAACCAAAGACAACAGAGAAGAUGGUAUCAGAUGAGGCCCCAACUGUGCCUACAACACCUGGACCUACAGCUUGUGCUGCAAAUACAGGAAUAUUUGAUUAUGAGACAGACGCAUUCUCAUUUGGAGAGGAGCAAACUAGCUUGAGUCAAAUAAAUGUGACCAAGAAAGAAGUCCAGAGGAAGUUUUCAAUCAGUUUUGAGUUCCGAACAUUUUACAAAGAUGGACUGUUGUUGUACCUUUCCAACUUAGAUCAUACAGCCUUCUUAGCUACUCAGAUAAAGGAUGGAGAUAUUGUUGUAUCAUUUGAUCGCAAAGGGACAAUAAAGGAAAUGGUUGUUGACACAAAGGCUAGCCUGAAUGAUGGAAAAUGGCAUACGGUCGUAGUUAGCAAAGUUAAGCAGCGUAUUACGGUAACCGUGGAUGACAAGAGCAAGAAAGGGGCCAAGAUUUCUAAGGUUUUGAAGGUGGAUGUUCCCUUGUUUGUUGGCGGUGUACCAAAUACUUUUGUUCCUCUGAUGAAUGACAAAGUGAUACAGCAUAGUACACGAGGAUGCAUUAGAAAUUUCUUUAUGAACAGUAUUUUGAAAACAUUUGAUGAUGUAACAUUGGUCAGAGGUGUGGACAAGUGUUUUACCAAAGUAGAAAAAGGAGCACAUUUCACAGGAGAUUCAUAUGGAGUUUUUGACAAUAAGUUUGAAGUAGGAGGCAAGUUUAUGACUGAGUUUGAAUUCCGCACAUCUAAACCUGAAGGUAUCCUAGCAACAGUGAGCAAUCCUGAUGGAGGAGAAGCACUGACUUUACAGCUUCAUCAGGGACAGGUGAAGUUGAAUGUAAUCAACAGUGGCGGUCAAGUGAUGACGGCAACCUCGUACAGCAGUGCUUUCAAUCUAUGCGACAAUGAAUGGCACAAGAUUCGAGCCUCUCUAAAGAGAAAUAAUGUUACAGUAGAAGUAGAUGACAGAGUAUCUUUCUCUGACUCUGGUAGUGAUGAUAUAGUAGUGACUGCAACAUCAGCCCCAUUGUAUCUUGGUGGAAAACCAGAAUCCUCCAAUCAGGCAGCAGCAUUAACCAAUCUAGGAUUUGAAGGUUGUUUGCGAAACGUUAUCGUGCAGAACAAACAGGUGGACUGGUUCAAAUUAUCACGAUCGGUUGCCAUCCAUAAAACAUCGUGCCCAGUCUCAUAAAAUACAUUGCUUGAAUCAGAAGGAAUGGAACAACCUUUUCAUCAUCAGUUAUUAAGUUUAAUUUCAUUUCCAAAAUGAUUUUCUAGAAAUUAUCAAAAUAGGAAUCCACCAGGGUUUUUUUUUCAGAAAUGACUUUAUGUAUGCACAUUUUUUUUGUGUGGAAUGUUCUCAAAAGUUCCUCAUAAUGAUUACCAGUGAAUCUAAUAAAUGCAGCUGAUUAUUUUUAAGUAUUGUCUUAUUUUUGUGCACAAUUUGUUUGGCAAACCAUAGCAUAUGAUGGAUUAGAAUUCAACCCAGUUUCUGCACACAACAGUAAAACAGAACAGAUGUGACUUUUUCCAAGUGCCAAAUUGAAAUUUUUAAGUUGUACCAUUUUUGAUAUUUUGUAUUUUGCAGUUACUUUUAUACUGUCUUUUACAAAAAAAAUCUUUAAUGAUUUACAUCCCUUUCAACUAUUUAUUUAGAAUGUGUUUUCUAUUUUAAGUACAAACAUUGCAAGUUGCCAAGGAACAUAAUACCCACAUGUUCUUUCACAAAAUCCUUCCACUUUGAAUUUGAGAAAAGUGCAUCACUUUUGUCGUUGUAUGUAAAUGAAAUUCUUACAAGAAAUCCAGAUCAGCAAGGCAAAGGGCAAUACUGUGGUUACUGAGAUAAAUAUAUAUUUUGACAGUACCAUUAUUUUUAGAUUCUAUAACUGAUGUUUUUGCAAGGUUAAUAUUAUUAAAGCUAUCAACAGUAACUGUUGUUGACUAACAAAUUAAUACAAGAGGGGAGAGGAAUCCGUGAUAAAGUUGUUUGCAUUUAAGUCUAACACCUAUUGAUUUCUUUCCUCUUUUUUUCGAAAUAAAAACUUGCUUUUCAUAUGAAGCCAGUCCGUUUAUAGUUAGAAGACACAAGUUGUGUUAUAUUUGUGUUAAAUUCUGAAUCCUUUUCGUCUCUGUAUUUCCCAAUAUUAUAAAGGAUUGCAUUUUAGAGAGUAAAUGCAAAAACCAAGGCAUUUUCAAUACGGGUUUUAUUAUAAUCAUAUAUAUAAGCUCAUGUAUGUGCAAUCAAGUAUCCUUUAUACAUGUAUGUGUAAUCAAACUUGGUGUGUGACUACAAGCUGAUAUAUUAAGUAUAUACAAGAACAUAUUUUAUGAGAAGAGAUACUUCUCUUGUAUUGAACUAUGUAGUUACAUAUAAGAACUAGAUCUGUUUUAUCUGAAAUUAGCCUUUUAUUUGUUAACACUUUUAUUACAUGCAUUUUCUUCUACUGCUAUAGGCAAUGGGUAAUUUAUAUCAGUUUGAUUGAUACCACUUCGUUUUUUAUAGAAAAAAGAUGAAGAAAAUAUUUCUGUGAUUUAGUAAUUGCUAUAAAGAUAUUUUUCCUCAGAUGCAAAAAAUAACUGUGUUUUUAGAUGUAUCUUGAUUUUUUUCAUCAGUUGUCACCAUACGUGUACAGGUUUUGUUUUAAAAAUCUAAAAUGUCUUAGCUUAGAACAAUAGCUUUACCGAUAUUUCUUACUUUUUAAGGAAUUUCUUUACAGGUUUUAUUCAUAUGAUUGUUAUAAUUCUCUUAUCUAUUUUUAUUUUUAAAAAAAAAUCUGUUUAUGUAUAAUAUUCUUCAAAUAUUUUGUAUCCUCAUAAUAUUUAAAACUGACUGUAAAGUGUAUUUUGAACUGACGUUCGAUGGUAAUAGACAACUAGAAAGAAAAUCUAAUGUUUAACACUACACUACCAAAAUACUUGUCCAUAAAGUGAAAUAUUGUCACAAAAAAAGGCAGGGUUACAAGUUAAACGAAUGUGCCUAAUAUAUACAUAAAACUUAUUAGACACUAUUUAGAAUUCGCCUUUCUAAAUUUAGCUGUGAAUUACCAGAGCAGUUGCUUAUCAUAACUUAGGUUUUGGACAAAAAAAAAAUUGUUUUGUGUUUGUAGUUUCCCAGUUCUUAAAUACUUGAUGCAAGUAAUCUAAGUUCAAAAUAGUCUUUACAAUCAAUAAAAUGCGCCAGUAACUAAAUAUAGUUGUGCAUAUUGAUGUGUAAAAUUGAAUGUUUUAGCUGAGAAAAAUGUAUUGAAUGCUGUUGUCAUACUACAUAUUCAUUCUAUUUACUAGAAGAAAACAAUUGAUCAUUGAUCUUGUUUUUGUCUGUUUAUCUAAGAAAAAUUAUUGAUGUUUUGGCAAUUGAAUGAUAGGAACAAAAAGGAAGGUGUUUGUUUUAAUAUUAGAAGAGUUGUAAUUUUUUUAUUAGUACGACUAUAGAAGAAGAGAAUUUUAUAUUUGUCUUUAAAAUUUUAACAGUUUCUGUAAGGUGCUAUAUAGUAUAAAAAUAUUUUUAUGUUAGAAAAUUAUUUUUUUCAGUGACUGCUUUAUCAUUUUAUUCACUGCUUGUAUUUCAUAAAUGCCAUUUUGUGUCUGUUGUAAGAUGUUUAUUGAUCGUUUUAUUAUCUAUUACUUUUGUAUUAUAAGAAAUGUAAAUUAAUUGUAAUUUUUGUACAUUUAUAUUUAUAUGUAGUUAGGUAGAAUAUAACAAAUUGAAGUGUGCCAAGAAGAAAGUUAAAAUAGAAGACAAGAAAUCUUUUUGUAUCAUUUGUAAGUAAAUCUGUUGGAAAUAUAUGUUUUGAACUGUUUGCAAAUACAGGAUCUUUUAUCGGAAUUACAUCUUAUUUAAGAAACCAUUCACUGUCUAAUUUUGUUAAAGAGAGAAGAACUUCAUUAAAAUUUGAGAUACAUGUAA